CGAGUCUAAAAUAAAUAGGCUUGAAUUGAGCUUGUUAAAUACUCAAGUCGAACCAAAUUCAAAUCGAGCGUAAUAUGAUCGAACUCGAGUCGAGCUUUUCCGAACGAUCCACGAACCGCUCGCGAACGGCUUGACUCAUUUGCACCCCUAGUUGUAUUUAACACCUUCCAUUAACGGUUGCCGGGGGCUGUUUUUAUUUUAUUUUAGAGACGGAGCGAGACACAGAGUACAAGAUGCUUCUGACAAAGAUUUUCCAGCUGAUAUAAACGAUCACCUUUUGAGAGAAUCAGUUACAACUGUUGUCCGUAUGUGUUUUCGGCCCUCAUGAAUAGUGGAAUCAGUGGGCCUUUUUUAUCAUACAAAGGCAUUUGCCGUUGCAGAGGUUUCUCAGCAGCCAGCAGUCAUCCUUAUUCAAAACUUGAACGCCAUUGACGUUUGAGAACACUCACAUGGAAGCUCCGGAGAUCUCACUGCAAUGGUUAAGGCCACUUGUAGAAUCCAAGACUUGGGAUUACUGUGUUGUUUGGAAAUUGGGCAGUGAUCCUUCAAGGUUUAUUGAGCUGGUGGGGUGUUGUUGUUCUGGUGCAUAUGGGAUUCUAGGCAAUGUCAAGGAAGAAGAUAAAGUGGAGCAGGGUUUGGCUCAUCUGUGCAGGGAUGUUCAUAUUCAGCACUGUGUCUCAACAAUGGCUUGUGAAGCACUUGCUGCUUUCCCUUAUUCAAUUUCCUUGUAUUCUGGGAGUAGAGGAGAAGUAGUAAUGAUGAACGAAACCCAAUGGUUAAUCCAUGGAGAUGCAUCAGGUUCAAAGCCUUCAGAUGAGUUUAUUACUGGCACUCGGGUUUUGAUCCCCAUCGUCGGUGGUCUUGUUGAGCUCUACAAUUCAAGGCUGAUUCCAAAGGAUCAGAAGACAAUAGAGUUUGUUCGCAAUAGGUUCAAGAUCUAUGUACAAGGCAGUGUGAAUAGAAAGCAGUCAAAGCACCUUUACAAUACGAGAAAAGAACAUAAAGAUCUUCAUGAAAUUCCCAACCAGUGGCCAAGUAGCUGUUUGGCUCCUCUUCAUCUUGGUUCACACUAUCUUUCUCAAACACCUGAACCCUAUAGUGGCCCAAGCUUACAAGGAUCAUCUACCGGCUCUACUCCUGCAACAACUGAACUCACUCAAUGUGAUUCACCAUUUGAUCAGUCGGUGGACCUGUUCGAGAAGAAGCUCAAUUUACACUUCAAUCAUUUUCCUGCCACAAUGAAAAGCAAUGUUUCGUCACCGACUUGCAUUAACAAUGACAUUGCUAAAAAAAGGCAAAGAGGACAACACUGUGCGAAGAAUCUUGUGACAGAGAGAAAAAGAAGAAACAAAAUCAAAGAUGGGCUCUAUGCUCUAAGGGCUAUAGUUCCCAAGAUCACUAAGAUGGACAUGGCUUCAAUAGUUGGAGAUGCUAUUAAUUACAUAAUGGAACUUCAGGAGAGCUUGAAGGAACUUGAGAAUGAGCUCAAUCAAAUUGAUACAGAAGAUGUCAUUCAGGAAAGAGACAAACAUAUGACCCCUGAGAAAAGACAGAGUCCAUGCAACAUCAAUAACAAGGUCCAUGUGGAGGUCAACCAGAUUGGUACAAGUGUUUUCAUGCUUAGAUUCAUGGGAAAACAUUGCAGGGGUCAAUUCUCAAGGAUGAUGGAAAUUAUGGAUUCACUAGGACUUCAAGUACUUGAAGCUAAUGUUACCACAUUCAAUGGAUUAGUCUUAAGCGUCUUCAGAGUCGAGGUUAAGGAUCAAGCAGAUGGAGCAUACGAUUCACAAAAGCUAGAAUAUGUGUUGGUUCAGCUAACAAAUUGGGAGUGCUAAACAAUGUACAGCAACUGAUCUGCAAAUCAAAGAAUACCUCUCUAGUUCAAACUGCAUGUCCAAUGCACAUCAUGCCUUUGGUCUGAUUUAUUUCUUACAUUAAUUUUAGUAUGUUAGUAGUUUUCGAAGUACAUAUGAUGUUAUGUAGAUUGAGUUCAUCUGUGGAUGUUAAGGAAGAAGAAAAGACAAACUUCUUUGGCAGUUCACAGGCUUACUCCUUUGCUUUAAUCUAAAGGCAUAUAUGUCUUCGGUGACCAUUCUUGAUCAAGUACGUGUUUUCUAGCAGAAAACAAACUGCUCUUAUUGCUCAUAGCUAAAUGUCAUUUAAUAUGUCACACAA